AAACAAUAAAUUACAAACUUUUUUUUUCUAAUCAAAUUGGUAUUUAUUUGAACAGCCAUUUUUCUAUGGCUAAACUUUGGUUCCGCUUUCUUGUUUCCAAUCGAGCAUAAUAUGCCAGACGGACCUGUUAGCAGCGGGUACCGGGAGACUAGUUUUGGUUCUGAAUGAACUGGUCAGUCGGUUCGGGUUAGUGACCCGGUCCAACAGGUUCGGAUGGAGCCGGAGCACAGGGCGGUGCUGCGGAAGUUCCGGGUGCAGCUGUCCGACCAGCUGCUGGCCAGCGACACCAUCGUUCCGUUCCUGUACCAGGAGGGAGUUCUGACGGAGGCCCAGGUGCAGCAGGUGGAGGCUCAGCUGACCAAUCGGCAGAAGAACCUCAAACUGCUGGACCUGCUUCCGAACCGCGGCCCGCGGGCCUUCGGCGCCUUCCUGGAGGCUCUGCAGGACUUCAGCUGGAUCCGGGACCGGCUGCUGCUGGAGCUGCAGAACUCAGCCGGAACCGGGCCGAACUCAGCCGGAACCGGGCCGAACUCAGCUGGAACCGGGCCGAACUCAGCCGGAACCGGGCCUUCAGGCGGCGCUGCGGUUCCGGUCCGUUACCAUGACGACCCCUCCCGGAUCCCGGUCUCGGUUCUGCAGAGAGUUCCUUCGGACCGGGAGCUGUCCAGGCUGGCGCAGAGACUCGGUGCCGAGUGGGAGGCGGUUCUAUUGGACCUGGGCGUGUCUGCCGAAGCGCUGUAUCGGUGCCGGUCCGACCACAGCCUGAACCACUGGGGGGCGGUUCUGGACGGCCUGGUUCUGUGGAGGCGGGCCGGCGGAAGGCGGGCCACGCUGGGGCGGCUUCUGCGCAGCCUGGAGGCCGCGGACCUCCACCCGUCGGUCCUGGAGGAGGCCCUGUUGGGAUGAGACUGGACCGGGUUCCGCUGGCCCGAACCGGGCCGGUCCAGAACUCAUAGAUGAGCGUGCUGCCCAGAAACUGACUGAAUAAUGAAACCAUAGUCAGAAGCUUUUGAUUCUGGAACCAGGAAAAGAACCGGUUCCGUUUCAUCUGGAGUCCAAAAGCAGAUAAAAAACAAACACUUAAAGUUUAAUAUCAACAAAACAUUAUUUUUAUCCUCAAAAUUGCAUUUAUUAUUUCAGUCAUAAAUUAACCAGAUGUAGAAGAUCCCUGCUGAAGAGUUCUGGAUCCACAGAACCGAGCUGCACCAGAACCACCAGGACAUUUUUCCCAAUUCGUUCCUGGAAGUCGACCCAGAAUGGAAACCCGCUGGACUCCUUCACGGAACCGGAACUCUGUGACUAAAAACAGAGCAGCACCUGGACCGGAAGUUUCUGCGGGAUUUAAGGUGGACUGGCGGUCCGGCCGAACCUUCCGGUUCUGAUCGGCCCGAAGAAAAAGGCUGAAAACUUAAUUUAAAUCUGAAUUUUCUGUAAAUAAUAAACAUUUAUUAUUAAAACAUCA